AUGAAUGAUUCUACUGAUAAACUCUCUCCUAAUAAGCGAAGACGAUUGUUUUUGAAUGCAAGUCCAACUGUAUGCAGAACUUCUUCUGAAACUGACGAAACUGCGUUUUCACUUGGACAAGACCCAAUCGAGCCGUUUGACAUUCUCUCAAAAGACCUUUUGGCUAAAACAGAGCCAGAAACAAUUCAAGCUGAUCAUGAACAUCUAAAAGAGUCGAAUACAGGAGUAGUAGAGCCAUGUUUAGAAUCCGAGUUGUUAAUGUUAUCGGGAGAGUCCAUUCCAAAUAUUACAACCUCUCAACCAACUAACUCGUCAGAAAUAACUUUUACCACUCGAUCCAACUCGCCUGCUAUUUCAUCCAGCACCUUCCUCACGACAUCACAAGACACAGCACCUCUCAUCAUACUGGAUUCAACGGAUGACAUUACACAUUCAUCUGCACAGGAUGUUAUAGAUUUAACUGAUGAUACCCCUCCUUUAGUCAUAUCUGCGCCUAGCACGCCUCCUAAUAGUAGACUACAGCAGCGAAAUAUAACAGACCUGACUUUACCUUGUCCUAUGAUUGACUCGGCCAGAUCUACCUCACGGCAUACUCACUAUUCAUCUGAUGAUAUUGAAAUUAUUCGUGUAGUCCAUCCAUCUGUACCCAACCGAGCUACAAAUCUAUUCACUACUCAUCACAUUACUGAUUUUGUUAUGCCGCCUGGCAGAAACUCGGAAGGAAUAUCAGGAUAUACAUUUCAUCAGCAUCCACAGCCUAGUAGAAUAUUUGAAUACACUACUAUUCCUCAUCAGCCCCAGGUUCGCUUUGGAGCGCAAUACAUGCCCUCCAAUUACAUGGACCAACCUACACUCUUUACACAUACAAGCACAUCUCGAGUUCAACCUAUUUCCAUUAAUCGUGCAUUGUCAUCUCGCGAUCGCCUUCCAACUGUAACUAUUCCACCACCCGAGCCUGCUCCUCCACCUGCAUCGCUGAAAUGUGCUGUAUGUCUCACUUUGGCUGGACCAACUACCCAACUAUCCUCCACUAUAUGUGGUCAUAUUUUCUGUGAGGAGUGCUUACUACAGUCACUUGGGCAUGACAAACGGUGUCCUACUUGCCGCAAGUCUAUUGGCAGGAAGAGUUCUUAUCAUCGUAUAUAUCUGUAG